GGAUCUCCGUAUUUCGAUCCCGACUUUCACUUUCACCAACAAACCAAAGCCAGAGACCGGCUAGGGAAAGAUUGAAACAACUGUGGCUUUAUAUCAUUAUGUCGACAUCAGGUAUUCCUCCAAAAACGUGGCAGCCCGAAAAUGUAACCCUGGAAACCACAAUGGGUCAGAUUGUCCUUGAACUUUACUGGAAACAUGCCCCCAGCACGUGUCGUAACUUUGCAGAAUUGGCCAGGAGGGGCUAUUAUAACAACACAAAGUUUCACAGAAUUAUCAAGGAUUUCAUGAUUCAAGGAGGGGAUCCAACAGGCACGGGGAGAGGAGGGGCCUCUAUCUAUGGUAAAGAGUUUGAUGACGAAAUAUCAAAUGAACUGAAGCACACAGGGGCCGGGAUUUUAUCCAUGGCAAACAGUGGCCCAGACACUAACGGGAGCCAGUUCUUUAUCACCCUUGCCGCUACGCAGUGGCUUGAUGGAAAGCAUGCUAUUUUUGGACGGGUGAGUAGUGGAAUGACCGUCGUACAGAGGGUAGGAUUAGUGGAGUGUGACAAUGAUGACCGACCAGUAGACGACGUCAAAAUCGUACAAGCCUACAUCACUCCAUCUUGAUCCAUGGUACUUAUAACUGGAAUUUCCUCUGGACUUUUUUCUCAGAACAGCUUGAAAAAGGAAGAUUGAAUGGGAACUUGAUAGAUCUUUCAAGAUCAAAUAGUGGCAGCUAGAUUUUUUUUCCAUAAUCAUAAAGAAAGACAUUUGAAAUGUUUACAGAGGCAUUUUCUCCUGUACAAAAAUAACCAGUUUUUUUUUUUUUAUCUUAUAACAGAUACCAGGCCCUCUUCAUAAUGAUCAAGUCUAUAUUACACAUUAUGUAUACAUCUUAACAUUGAUGAAAGCUAGGUUUCAUUUAUAGUUUAUUUGUACAUGUACAUACAGCUAAAUGCUCUUAUAACAAAGAACAGAAAUGAACAGCUUUGAUUCUUUAUUAAAAUAAUUAUUUUUAUUAAGUAAUACAGUUACAAUUUUCAAUGUCAGCAUAAAAAUAUUACAUGUAUAAGUUUGUUCCCUGUAACUGUAUUGAACAGCAUAAUGUAAACAUGAAAAAGAUCCGUGAUAUUGAAAGAAUAAAGAUGAUUAAUAAAUGUCUAAAUUAACA